AGUACUAUUUUCCUCAAUUUCAUAUAAUAGGUAUCCUAUUAGAUUAUUUUAUAAAAGCCUCAUAAGGAAUUGUCAAUUUAGUAGCGUGAUUCAUUUGAUCAUAAUAUGUAUUACAAUAAAUACAAUUUAUUUUGAAAUCCAUCACUAGUAAUUAAUUCACACGUCGCGUAGCACGUCAAUGAUAAUAAAGAAACAAUAAAACCGUAAAUAAUUGGUUACUAAAACUGCUCAGGAUUCGUCAAUAUUAAGUAUAGUAUAAGUGAUAGUGAGAGCGAAAAUGGAUUUAGUAAAAACUUUCGCAAUUAUAAGUAUUGUUAUGACACACAUCGAAAUGAUACCAGUUUCGCUGACGUCUAGUGUAGAACUCUUAGAUCCUACGAAAAUUCCUACUGUACUAAAACUACCGAAGGAUAUUAAACCAGGAACAAACAUAACAAUUCUUGGAAAUAAUAACAACGUUGGCAUGUUUAGCGCAACGUUCUCUGGCGACUUUAUGGAUAAACACGACAACUGCAACAUCUUCUUUAUCCCUAAUCAAGACAAAGAUCAAUUCACAAUUAAAUUCGAAAAUCAGGCCGAAACUAGCGAAACAACUUACGAUAUUGAUCCCAAUAAUAAAGAGGUCUCUUUUACUCUGCAUGUGAUUGCUAGAGUUACUGAAUCAGGUGAAAUAAUGGAUCUAUAUUUUGAAGAAACUGAUAGAGGACAAGAGCCAAUAGGUCACUGUAGGUUCGCGUCAUUUCAAACUCUCGAAUACAUCGUAUUUAAAGGCGUUGAACAUGUCCAGAAUUUGAGCUUUAAUUUUACACGUCCCGAUUAUUGAUUUUGAGAAUUCACAUUUUAAUAAGGCAUGAAAGGAAAUUUAAUGGGGAAGGAGGGACGGUUAUCGUUACUAUUAACGUUUACCAAAAAAAUCGUUACGUUAAAAAGGUACUUAUAACGUUAAUAGUGGGCAUUGUUAUUUUUAUUGUUACUUUUUAACAAUAACGCAACGGUAGUUCAGUAACGCUACAAAAAUACCGGUAAUUCGGUCCCUGAGGGGAAAAGGAGAGCUCAUAAGAACAAUUUAUGAGAAACUAAGAAACAAUGAAAAAUGGAAGAAAUACAAGAGAAGCUAGACGAUAAAAAAUACGAUACAUUAAGAGGACAGUGAAACCAGGAAAAGUUCGUAAAAUAGACCUCAGGAGCAUAUUAUCAGAAAAUAAGCUUCGUAUCAUACCUACCUGCGAGAUAUCGAUUGUAAUCAAAUUUUUAAUAAGUGUAGUUUCAAAUUUUUCCUAUAAGUAUACCUAUUCUGAUUUAUUAGAAUAUCCAUAAGUAUUUUUACUGAGCGAGAUUAUUAUAAAAAGUGGCAAAAUAUGCAUUUUAAAUUGUAAAGUAUGGAAUUGCUGGGUAUUUAAAGACUAACUCAAUUAUAUCAUACUAAGUAAAUACCUUUUCAAGUUUGGUCACAUUUCUUUACUAUUAAAAAUAAAAUAUUAAGGUAACUUUGUGUGUACUGUCUAGUCAUUACUAAAGUUAAGUAAUCUUCGGCUGGUCCGAGGAAAGGUUUUUUUAUA